AAUAUUACAGAGAGAGGGGGCGCAUUAUUUCCGUCACGAAAAUCGAAACCCAAACCGCAAAAAUCUUCUAUUCUUUUGAUUAAAAUAAGUUUAAAUACCAAGCAAUCUAAAAUCGCCUUUACCAUCUUCAACCCUUUCAGAGUUUCAGGAGACUACAAAGGAGGGUUCUUUGGUCGGUGUUUGAUAUUGUUCGGGCUGUCAAUGUCCAUUCUUUGACAGCCCGAUUCUUUCUCAAACCCCUUUUUAAUUUACACAAGGUGAUCCUUGUUUUUGUUUUUCUUUUGUUUUUAGGCUUUCUGGGUAUUGAUCAGGUUGAGUUUUUUUAUGAGUUUUGGAUUGGGUUUUUAAUGUUUGUUUGAGGGCUGGUUCAUAUUGGUAUGAUAGUUCGUCUUUUGGGUUUUCAAUAUGGGUUCCUUGUCAGGAAUCAUUCAACGUCCUCUAGCAGCCGCUGCUGCGGUGGCCGUGGCUUCGGUCUCUGCCGAUUUUAGUGUUAAGCUUCCAUCGUGGGAUACUUGUUCAACCUCUGAACAAAUUCGAACUUCAACAUCUAGUUCCUUACCAGAGCCCAAGUCCUCAUUUGUGGAUCAUAUAUCAGCUUCUAAGCUUGCAAACUUCUCUUUUGUUACUAGAAUCCGAGUGCCUAUCCCUAGUGUUAAGUUUCCGGUUCCAAAUUCAGCCCGGGAUUUUGUUCCCAAAAGCUCUUCUUUUGCUUCAUCUCCGUUGCUGGUUAAUUUAUAUCAGUCAGCUGAGUUAUCUAAAGCAUCAAAGCCUGUUGCAUUUAAACACAAUAUCCCUACCUCAGCCCCUGAUGUUUUAUACAGAUGGCAUUUGCCAGAGCCAUCUGCCAUUGAUGUUUCUGGGAACUCUGAUUGUUCGACAGCUAAGUCUCGCACAGCUGUAGUCUUAUUAGGAUGGUUGGGGUCUAAGCAGAAACAUCUCAAGAAAUAUGCAGAUUGGUAUACCUCCAGAGGCUAUCAUGUCAUUACCUUCACCUUUCCAAUGAUUGAUAUUAUCAAUUAUCAAGAUGGUGGGAAAGCUGAGAAGGACGUCGACAUGCUUGUUAAUCACUUGGCUGAUUGGUUGGAAGAGGAGUAUGGGGAAAACCUGGUUUUUCACACUUUUAGCAAUACUGGCUGGUUAACAUAUGGAGUUAUUCUUGAGAAGUUUCAGAAGCAGGAUCCUUCCUUAAUGGGAAGGAUAAGAGGUUGCAUUGUGGAUUCAGCCCCUGUUGCAGCCCUUGACCCUCAGGUCUGGGCUUCAGGUUUCUCAGCCGCUUUUCUGAAGAAACAUAGUGUUGCAACAAAAGGAUUUCCAGGAUCAGUUGAACCUGGUAUGGGGACGUUAGUCGGCAAAAAAGAAGUCUCAGAACCGAAGCCUGCACUAACUGAAGCUGCUUUGCUGGUGGUCCUGGAGAAGUUCUUUGGGGUGGUUUUGAAUUUUCCUGGUGUUAACAGGAGGCUUUCCAAUGUAUUAGGCUUGCUGUCAUCUGGACAACCUAACUGUCCGCAGUUAUAUAUCUAUAGUUCUGCAGAUCGAGUCAUCCCUGCCAAACGGGUGGAAUCGUUUAUCGAGGAGCAGAAGAGAUCCGGGCAUGAGGUUCGGGCAUGCAACUUCGUGUCCACACCUCAUGUUGAUCAUUUUAGAAAUGACCCAAAACUGUAUACAAGUCAGCUCAGCCGGUUUUUGGAGGACUGUGUGCAUACUUGUUGCAAAGAUUCUUAAGUAUCACCAUCGAAGUACUGACUAAUAACCCAUAUUCAUAGACAAGGUGGCAUUAGGGGAGGAAUAAUAAACCCAUAAAUUUUUAUAUGAAAAUUCAUUCAUUCAUAAAGUACUCUCCUGGUCAAAUACUACACAUACUCUUCUUCUUUUGCCUUAGGGAAUUGUUUUUGUAAAGACAAGCUACUUUUAUCAUAUUUGAAUUUCCAUAA